AUGGAUGUCGCACAAUCGUUGUGGCAUCCCUGCGUCCUGGACGUGGACCGUAAAGCUAUAAAUACGCUCCUUCUUCACUCUCAAGCUCCAGAACUCGAACCCACUUCAAGUAACUCAAACAAGUCAGCACUCCCAGAUUUUCUAAGCCGCUUCUCUCUAACCGACGAAAUCAUGUCUAAGUCCGUCAACAAAUUUGUCGUCGUCGCUCAAUACGGUCACCCCAAACUUCCUGGCAACAAACACUGGGCCCUCAUCCUCAUGGACGCCAAUGACAAAAUGUCUCCUGGUGUUGUAUACGAAGUCACUGGGUCCACCGAUAGUUACACCCUCAAGAAGCCUGAGACUGUCACUCCUGGCAAGGCCAGCUCCUUUAUGGGAAUGAUUGCUGUGGGCAUGGUUCCCGUUCACCAAAUCGACAACAUCGACAAUAUUCUUCGCAACACCCCGGUCAAGACUGGGGACAAGACCUGGCACUGUCAACACUGGGUUAUGGCUGCUCUGUACAAUCUCCGAGCUGCUGGCUUUGCGGUCACUCCUGUUGAUCGUGACCAAUUGCUCGCUCAAUUCAAAGCUAUGGAGACUGUUUAG